AUCCGCCUCCCAGCUUCUCCUCUGAUAAAUGCCACAACACAACUGACUGGAGGCAGAGGUGCGAAGAAAGAGCGAGCGAGCGAGAGAAGAGACGGCGGAGAAAGUCGCUUCUUCUCUCAAAUUAGCGAAAAUGGUGCAGCAAAAAGUGGUGAUCAGGCUCCCGGCGAUGAGCGACACGAAGACGAAGCAGAAGGCGAUGGAGGCCGUCGCCGAAGUAUACGGCGUCGACUCCAUUGCUGCUGAUACGAAGGAGCAGAAGGUCACGGUGAUAGGCGAAAUGGACCCAGUUAAAGUGGCCAAGAAACUGAAGAAAAUUGGCACCGUAGAGUUGGUCUCUGUUGGGCCAGCGAAGGAGGAGAAGAAAGAGGAGAAGAAGGAGGAGAAGAAAGAAGAGAAAAAGGAAGGUAAGGAGGAGAAGAAGGAAGAGAAGAAGGAAGAGAAGAAGGAUGAGAAGAAGUAGAUGUGUCGUACAGAGAGAGAGAGAGAGAGAGUAUGACGGAAAGACCUAUCUGCAGACAAAGGCAGAGCCGGUCAUUGCAGAUCUGCCAGUAAUAGAGGGCUCAUUCUGCAAAAGUGCUUUUUGUGUAUGACCAGUGGUUCUACAUCUUGCAAUAUUUUCUGAGAAAAACUGCUACUUUACCUCUGGUUGAUGUCUCAACUCUGCAGCUGCAGGAACCCAGUUUCUUGAAUAGCACUCAAAGUAUAAUACAAUGUCUACAGUUUCAUGAUCGAUUUUAUACAA